AUUCCACUAUGCAGGCUAUUCCACGAAGUAUCCUGUCGUUGCUCACGUUUACCUUAUGCAGUGCGGGCACACAACGGUGCAAAUGUGACACAGUAGCCGCAGCUAAAUCCGUUGCCGACUACACUAUUACCAGCGAUUUUCAUUUCGUUGCAUACGUAUAGGCAUGAGCGUCUAACCUCGUCGAUAACGCCGAACUUGCUUCCGUCGCCAGGUUAUGUCACAGACAAUUGCACUUAUACGGGAGGGCAGUGAAAGUAGACCCUGUUCCGGCGGUAUCGCCGCGCGACUUGCGGAGGGGCUUACCCUUCAAUUGGGCUCGAUGAACGUAAAGGACCCCCAGCCUUUCAUGUCUGGUCUGCCGCCCAGCACUGUAAGCGACGCGGACGAUGGCUAUCUUAGGUCGGCGUUGGGCUCAGUUGGUGAGGAGAUGUACGCCGAGCCAGAAGAGGAGGGCCCGGAACUAGAUGUGGCGAGCAUUCACGCCUUCAUCGGGAGUCACCGCAGCUUAACACCCAACGGGGUGCCCAAACCAAAGUUCCUUCGACAAGUCUCCGGAACUGGGCUGGCACCCUGGGAAAUUCACCGGCCCCAAAAAUUCGUUCGAGACCUUGUGAGCCGACGAUGCUUCCCCUCUGGCUCCCGUUUGCUUGACGCGGGGUGUGGUCUGGGCGACAAUGCGCUCUACAUUGCAAAGGCCUGUCCUGAGGUGGCUGUCAUUGGGGUGGAUGUGGUUAGCCGGUGCCUUGAAUUUGCUGAAGCCAAGGCCAAGAUUCGAAACAUGCGCGGCAAGGUGUCGUUCGAAGUGGGGGACCUAACCGAACAGGACCCCAGACGCCCGUCUGCCGCCUCCAUAGCGCCAACGAACAACGCAACGUACGACAUUGUAGUGGAUUCCUCAACCUACCACAACUUUUCGGAUCCAGAACGUGAGCGUUACGCCGCCACGCUCAAACGGCUGUUGAAGCCUGGCGGUUUGGUGUACAUGAACUGCAUGUCGGAGGAGGAGACCCGCCCCGGAGGACCCAGCGGACGCAUUUCCGUUGCUUGCCUAACGAACGUCUUCAACCGUUCCAACGGCUGGGAGCUGGAGGCGGUUGAGGACUCGAUCAUCGAGCUGCACCCCACCUUUUGGGCGGGUCGCGGAGUUGCGCGGCUGUACACCAUUCGCAAGCUAUAGAUGAAGUGGUGGGCUGCUCGACCUGGUUCUGGCUGCUGGCAGCCGUUAGAAGCCGUUACGGAGCCGUAGAACAUAGUUCAGGCGGGAUACCUUCUCCUUCGACGAAUGUGGCGGCUUGAUGAUCAGAGUCCUUAUGAGUGGCUGGAAGGAGGAUCGGCUGUACGGCAGCAAUGGCGUGCGGUGGUGUGGUAACAUCCAGCUAUGGCUCGGAAGGAAGGGAGGGCGACACAUAGUUGCGUUUCGACUUGCACUCUCUCUUGACAGGAUCUUGACGACCGUGAGUUUGGAUGACGGGCUACGACAACCCUUGCCGGCUUGUGUUUUCUGUUUUCUUCGUUUCACCCUUUUGUCCUUUUUGCGGGCAUGGGGUAUUUGCUAAAGAAAGACGGAGUCUACAAGUACCGCUUACGUUUUGUGGUUGUCCUCAUUGCUGCUGAUAUUGACUUAAUACAUACUUAGUUUAAAGCAUUUAGCGCCCAGUUAUUAUUUUGCAUAGCGGUUAUCAGGCGUUUUAGUAUUACGACACAUGCUACAUUGAAUAUUUCCGUGCAUCUUAUGGCGUUUUGGUUUUUGGAGUACGGCGUUUUGGUUUUUGGAGUAAAUCGUUCGCUGUGUUAUCAAAGACUGGUAUGCAGAAGCGGCAAAGCCCUUGUCAUAACACCCUAAUAAUUUGCUCCAAGGGUUUGUUCAGUUGCGCUGGCAUUGCGGUUGCUGUCGUGGAUGGUGAAGGUUACUGACCCGUGGGUCACAACGGCGCGGUUAAGCAUGUCAUCUUACUUGUCUCUCCCGCAGCACAUCGACAACCGUACGUUUGUCGUACGGCUGUCGAUUACUGAAUUAAGCUUGAAGCUGUUGGUUGAGUUAUGGCACUCGUGCGAAGCCAGUAGCACCCCCGCCGUGUGUUCACACGAGAACGAGGCUGAGCAAGAGAAGGCCAGAAGGCGCACUUUCUCCAUGAACGGCCGUAUGCGUGUACGCUGUUAGCUUCGUCAGUAAUUGAUUCCGCUCGUUCUGGAUGCAAUUGGUAAUAAGGUUUUGCGGAUGGGGUCUUUCCUUAUAUAGCUAGCGGAAGAGGAUGGAGUGCAGCAAAAGCAAAGACUCUUGGUCGACCUUUGUUACUGUCGUGAAUUGUAUUGUUUUGCUCCGGCUACUAAAGUUGACAGCGAUAGGUGCUAAUGCAACAACGGAUUAUUACGUAAGCAUCCCUGGGUGUUGUCACUACUCGUAAGCUGUAAUUGGUAAUAAGCGUAGUACACAUUAUAAGCUACAGCGGUUUUCGUAUUGGUGGUUAAUGCCGUACCGUACGACCGUUCGCCUUUUAUCUUUCAACGGCUCCGGUCAAGCAAGUCAUGCAGACAAGAGCCCGGCUUCAGUUUGGCGAAGGCAGGGUUUCCGUCUCCGUGCCGCAGAGGAACCGGUCAUUGCUGAGUUACCGUGAUCGCCGUGGUUGGCUAACGUUGCGGGGAGGUUCCCACACGCAGCUACGGCUCGGGCCUUGCGGGGAUAACGCGGAAGAGACGAGUAAACCGUGUGAUAUGGUUUGGGGAGAAAGGCCGACUUGGCCGUAGGCGUCGACUCGUUGACGUGUACUAAGAAAGUUGGCGGCGAGUAAAAAGCAUAUUGGAUUGCUGGAAAGUGAGCGACGUGC